AUGGGGCCCGCACCUGCAGGAGCGGUCGAGGAGCCGGAGAUGAUGGAGAUAAUUCCAGAAGGCACAGGCAAGGAAGAAAAGAAGGUGUCCUCAAAGAAACGCACAGCGACUGCACCUCCAGAAGGCCUGUUGCAGCCAGUGAAGCUCAGUCGGACAGAACUGUACAAGGAGCCCACCAAUGAGGAGCUGAAUCGCCUGCGGGAGACUGAGAGUCUGUUCCAUUCCAGCCUGCUUCGUUUACAGGUAGAGGAGCUACUAAAGGAAGUGAAGCUGCCAGAGAAGAAGAAGGAGCGCAUUGAUGUCUUCCUGCGGGAGAUCAACCAGCGGAUCCUGAAAGUUCCCUCAACCUCUGAGACAGAGCUGACGGACCAGGCCUGGCUUCCAUCUGGGGUGCAGGUUCCCCUCCACCAGGUGCCUUUUGCUGUGAAGGGCCGUUUUCGCUUCCUGCCUCCUGUCCAGGUCACCAUUGUGGGCAGCUACCUUCUGGGCACCUGCAUUCGACCCGAUGUGAACGUGGAUGUGGCACUGACCAUGCCCAGGGAGAUCCUACAGGACAAGGAUGGGCUCAACCAGCGUUACUUCCGCAAGCGUGCCCUCUACCUGGCCCACUUGGCUCACCACCUGGCCCAAGACCCCCUCUUCGGCAGUGUUCGCUUCUCUUACAGCAGUGGUUGCCACCUGAAGCCCUCACUGCUGCUGCGGCCAUGUGGGAAGGAUGAGCGCCUGGUCACUGUACGUCUCCAUCCAUGCCCACCCCCUGACUUCUUCCGCCCGUGCCGCCUGCUGCCGACCAAGAACAAUGUGCGCUCUGCCUGGUACCGAGGGCAGACUCCUCUAGAGGAUGGGAGCCCAGAGCCCCCCACCCCCCAUUACAACACGUGGAUCCUGCAGGAUACAGCCCUUGAGUCCCAUGUGCAGCUCAUGUCAGCUGUGUUAGGUGCUGCGCCAGGACUGAAGGACGGUGUGGCUCUUCUGAAGGUCUGGCUGCGGCAGAGGGAGCUAGACAAGGGCCUGGGUGGCUUCAGUGGCUUCUUGGUCUCCAUGCUGGUUACCUUCCUUGUGUCAACACGCAAGAUCCAUACCACCAUGAGCAGCUACCAGGUCCUGAGAAACGUCCUGCAAUUUCUAGCUACCACAGAUCUGACAGUCAGUGGAAUCAGUUUAUGUCUCAGCUCGGAUCCCUCCUUGCCCGCCUUGGCUGACUUCCACCAGGCCUUUCCUGUUGUCUUCCUCGACCCCUCAGGAUGUCUCAACCUCUGUGCUGAUGUCACUGCCUCCACUUACCACCAGGUGCAGCAUGAGGCAAAGCUGUCGAUGGAGUUACUGGACAGCAAAGCUGAUGACGGGUUCCAGCUGCUGUUGAUGACUCCCAAACCCAUGAUCCGGGCUUUUGACCACAUCCUGCAUCUACGCCCCCUCAGCCGCCUGCAGGCAGCAUGUCACCGGCUGAAGCUGUGGCCUGAGCUGCAAGACCAUGGUGGGGACUAUGUAUCAGCUGCCUUGGGCCCCUUAACCACCCUCUUGGAGCAAGGCCUGAGGUCUCGGCUGCACCUGCUGGCCCAUUCUCGGCCCCCUGUCUCAGAGUGGGAGAUCAGCCAGGAACCACCGAGGCACAGAGACCCCGGAGCCCUGACCCUGGGAUUGCUCCUCCGGCCGGAGGGGUUGACCAGUGUCCUGGAGAUGGGCCCAGAGGCUGACCAGCCUGAGGCUGCUGACUUCCGCCGGUUCUGGGGAUCCCUCUCGGAGCUCCGGCGUUUUCAGGAUGGAACCAUCCGGGAGGCUGUAGUCUGGGAGGCAGCCUCUAUGGCCCAGAAGCGCCUUAUUCCCCAGCAGGUGGUCACCCACCUCCUAGCACUCCACGCAGACAUUCCAGAUACCUGUGUCCAUUAUGUAGGGGGCUUCCUGGAUGCUCUGAUCCAGGGCCAGAAGAAGACGUCCAACACGGGUGAGGAGGGCCUGGCAGCUGUAGUACGUUGUUACGAUGACCUCAGCCGCCUCCUGUGGGGGCUGGAAGGCCUCCCGCUGACUGUGUCUGCUGUGCAGGGAGUUCACGCGGCGCUGCGCUACACGGAGGUCUUCCCGCCAACCCCCGUCUGGCCAGCUUACUCCUUCUAUGAGCGCUUUCAAGAGCGAGCCUCACUGCUGCCCAGGACUGACAAGCCCUGCCCAGCCUAUGUGGAGCCCCUAACUGUGGUCUGUCACCUGGAGGGCAGUGGUCAGUGGCCACAGGAUGCCGAGGCUGUGCGACGGGUCCGGGCUGCCUUCCAGCUGCGCCUGGCAGAGAUUCUGAAGCAGCAGCAUGGGUUGCAGUGCCAUGCCACCGCCACACACACCGAUGUCCUCAAGGAUGGAUUCGUUUUCCGAGUGCAAGUGGCCUAUCAGCGGGAGCCCCAAAUCCUAAAGGAGAUGAGGAGCCCCGAGGGGAUGAUCUCUUUCAGGGACACGCCUGCUUCCCUUCGCCUGGAAAGAGACACAAAGCAUUUGCCUCUGCUCACCAGUGCCCUGCAUGGACUUCAACAGCAACACUCAGCCUUCUCAGGUGUGGCCCGGCUGACCAAGCGGUGGGUGCGUGCCCAGCUUCUGGGAGACGGGCUUUCCGAUGAGAGCCUGGACCUGGUGGCUGCCGCCCUGUUCCUGCACCCGGAGCCAUUCUCCCCACCCAGUUCCCCACAGGUUGGCUUCCUUCGUUUCCUCUACCUGGUAUCAACGUUUGAUUGGAAGAACAACCCCCUAAUUGUGAACCUCAACAGUGAGCUCACUGCGGAGGAGCAGGCAGAGAUGCGCAGUGACUUCCUGGCAGCUCGGACACGACUCCCCGUCAUGGUCAUUCUUACCCCCCAGGACCGUAAGAGCUCCGUGUGGACACAGGAUGGGCCUUCACCUCAGAUCCUACAGCGACUCGUGGUCCUGGCAGCUGAGGCCCUGCCUGUCUUAGAGAAGCAGUUGAUGGAUCCCAAGGGACCUGGGGACAUCAGGACAGUCUUCCGGCCACCCCUGGAUAUAUAUGACGUGCUGAUCCGCCUGUGUCCCCGCCACAUCCCACGGCACCGCCAGGCUGUGGACUCGCCAGCUGCCUCCUUCUGCCGUGGCCUGCUUAAGGAGCCCCAGCCCUUGUCCUUGAUGCCUGUGGUGGGCUAUGACCCUCCUCAGCUCUACCUGGCACAGCUCAGGGCAGCCUUUGGGGAUCUUGCCCUCUUCUUCUAUGACCAGCAUGGUGGGGAGGUGAUUGGCGUCCUCUGGAAGCCUGCCAGCUUCCAGCCACAACCGUUCAAGGCCUCCAGCACAAAGGGGCGCAUGAUAGUGUCUCAGGGUGGGGAGCUGGUGACGUUGCCCAAUGUGGAAGCAAUCCUGGAGGACUUUGCAGUACUGGGCGAAGACUUGGUGCAGACUGUGGAGGCCCGAAGUGAGAGGUGGACUGUGUAG